AUGGAAGCAGCGGCCAUUCGUUCAAUGCAGCAGGUCGGGCCAACCGGUCAGCGAACCGAUUCUGGCCCUGGCCCUUCACCGCAGCCACCCCCACCGGGAAUGUCUUACCAACAACGUGUGCAAACGGCAGCGGCUGCCCAAAUUCAUCGAUCCGUUGAAACGACGCAGAGCUAUAGCAAAGGUGGACCGACACCGUCGCAGUCGGUGCCCAGAUCGGCAACAAGCCCACUGUCUCCGCCCCGGCCUGGGCCGGGUGCUGCAGGGGCCGCCAGUUACCCGUCGUACGGAGGCGUUCCGGCGCGUGAGGCACCGAUGCGGUACGUCCAGAACACUGCGUACGGUGGGUCGACUUACGUAAGAGAUGGCCCGUUUUCUCGAGCGUCGCAGGUCCAGCCGGUUGUCACAGAAUACCGGCAGGGCGUCGCACCGCCGAUCCUCGGGGUGGCCAACGUAGUGUCGAACAGCAUGCCGACAUCGAUCGCCAUUGUGAACAGCAUGGACGUGGUGCCCCUACAUGCGGUGGCUCACCACCAGCAGCAGCAGCAGGUGUCCACGGUAAUGGCACCGCAGUCAUCGUCAAUUGCGCAGCAAAACAGUGGACCCCUGUCGCAAUCCUCUCUGAUGGUGGCGUCCGUACAGCAGGCACCGCAGCCGCAGCUGGUCAUGCAACAAGCUCCUCCUCAGCCGCUGCAAUCGACGAGACCGCGCAUUUCUCUACUUCACCCGAACCCGGAUUACCAUCUGCAGGCGACGCGUUCGGUUGUGUCAACGGUGGUCGCUCCCGAUAGCACAGGUCCUCCCGCAUUUAAAAAGAUUCGGCUGAACGAGGUCGUUGGACCGCAACAGGUGAUGGGCACCGUAGGCACAGCAGUGAACAGUGCGACGACCUUGCUGAAGGUGGACACCCGGGAGCCUCCAGUGGUGAUGGUCCCGUCCGGUGCCUACCAUCCGCAGGUGGAAGCCAUCUCCCCGACACUGCCCAGUGACCCGAUGGAGGAGCUGAGGGCCACCAAGGAUGAGCUGCUGCAGCAGAUAGCCAAGGUGGACAACGAUAUAGACAAGGCUGAGAAGAAAAUUGCGUCGCUGAAGAAGAAACAGGAGUCCUUGGAGGAGGCUUCGGCCAAGCCGGCCGUGGAGGAGAGUUCGUCCGAGGCACAACCCAAGCAUCGCAACCUUGUGCAGAAGAUCUAUGCCGAAAAUCGCAAGCGCGCGUCUGCAGCCCAUGCCGUCCUUAGUUCGUUGGGCUCGUUCGGCGUCGAUCUGCCGCUUUACAAUCAACCGUCGGACUCGGAGGUGUGCCGUGAGAUACAGGAGCGCCAUCGAAUGUUCAAGGAUCGCCUUUUGGGGCACUUCCGCAAAAUUAAGUCCGAGCGUGCCGCGAAGCAGUGCGAAAUGACGGAGCGGUACGCCCAACUGUCGCAGGAUUGGGCAAAGCGGGUUGACAAGAUGGAAGGGAGCGCCAAGCGGAAGGCGAAGGAAGCCAAGAACCGAGAGUUCUUUGAGAAGGUGUUCCCGGAGCUUCGAAAGCAGCGGGAAGAUAAGGAACGAUUUAAUCGUGUAGGUUCUAGAAUUAAAUCAGAAGCGGACCUUGAAGAAAUCAUGGAUGGACUUCAAGAACAAGCCAUGGAGGAUAAGAAGAUGCGCUCGUAUGCUGUGAUUCCACCUUUAAUGUUAGACUCCAGACAAAGAAGGCUAGUGUUUAAUAAUGAAAAUGGAGCGCUGAUAGACAUGGAAACGGAAUUCAAGGAGCGAUUGAACCUUAACGUGUGGACGUCCGGUGAAAAGGAAAUUUUUCGAGAGAAAUUUUUACAGCAUUCUAAAAACUUUGCUAUGAUCGCAGCCAGCUUGGAUCGGAAAAGCGCGCAGGAUUGUGUACGAUAUUACUACCUCAGUAAGAAGACGGAAAAUUACAAGCAACUGCUAAGGAAGUCCCGGCAGCGAACGAGAAGCUCUAGAAACCCGGCGAAAUCAAACCAGCAGCAAACACAAUCGAUAGUGGAUGCGAUGACAACUGGUGUUACGACAAGACUACAACGUGAACAACAACAAAAGACUGUAGGCCGUGAUCGUGCCGCGAAUUCAACAAAUAGUACGAUAGGAAAUAAUGCAUCAUCCGCAGUUGGUGGUACUGUAACGACGAAUUCGUCUAACACAGCGUCGACAAGUACCAACAAUGGUAGCAACAACAGUAGCAACAAUAAUAAUGCCAGCAGCAACAGUAGUAGUAACAGCACAGGCAGUAGUAGUAGCAGCAUUAGUAGUAAUAGUAUCAAUGUGAACCUUGGUACCGCUACUAGCACCAGCAGCGUUCUGAACAACAAUGGCGGCUCCAGUUGCAAUUCUAUUUCCACACCGAUGGCUAUUUCGGGUAGUAGUAGUACUGUUGCUCCGAUGCCUCCGUCAACCUCCGGCACAACUAAUGCCAGUAGCGGCAGCGGAAACAAAGCGGCCACCGUCAACAGUAGCAUAGUAACUAACUGUAACGACAGCAGUGCAAACGGCAGUCGUACCAGCGACGGCUCUCCACAGAUUGCUAAAGACAGCGAACUGAGCACUGCAUCAGUGGGAGUGAUGCCGUCGAGCAGUUCUCUGUCGCAACCGUCUGCCGCAUCACUCGGUGGCCCACCUAGCAUACGAGGAGGUGGUGUAUCAUCGCCGAAUUGUGCAUCCGCCCUCACCACUGUUUCUGCUGGCGCCACAGCAUCGGCAGCUUCUUCCGUGCUGUUUGAUGCAACCCAGAAAGCUGUUGCCGGAACUGCAAGCAAUAGCUCCGUCGAAACGGCUGGUGGUACGUAUAGGCCACCACCGACCACGAUUACGCUGCCGAUAAAUGGUGUGAAAACCGAAUUGCUAGUGACGAAUCCGGCGGCGAUACUUGGCGAAGUCGGAGCACCUGUAUCGUCCGUUUCCUCUACUGCUUCGACUGUGGAAUUAACGCUUGGUUCGGUGGUGGCCAGUGUCGUUAGCAGUAAGCUGAACAACGUUAAAGAUGAGCUUCACCUCAGGGAAGAGACUGAAUCGAGCGAACCGUUAAAUAAACGGAAGGACGAAAUCGCUAACGAUGUUGGUGGUGCCGACGGUGGCCAAGACGAUAAAGAUAAAUCAUCAGCGACGGGACCACUAUACACGUGUUUCAUCUGCAAAACGGAACUGUGCUCACGAACGCGACCCCUCGAGCGGAGCCGCGCGGCUCAGUACAGCAUCCCGGAGUCGGAAAUACCGCCCGGGGCGCGGAUCUGCAACAGCUGCCAGUGCAAAUCGGUGAAGUCACGCUACACCCACUGCCCGCUGCCAACCUGCCCCAACCCGAAGGACCGCGUGAAGCGGUUCCGCAACCUGCCCCCGCGGCUGUUCGAGCUGGCGCCCGAGAUUCGGGAUCCGAUCGUGCAGGAGCUGCAAAUUCCGGCCAACGUGAGCAAAUGCUGUUCGGCUUGCUUGACGCGCAUCCGGCGCAAGAUGGGCUCGCACCUGCUCGGUAGUACCAGUCUGACGGACGAGGAGAUGGAACGGUUCAAGAAGCUGCUCCAGGAGCAAGGUCCCAAGUGGACCCAGCUGGCGGAAUCGCUGGCAAAGCCACCGCUGGCGCUCAAGACGUGCUACUUUCACUACAAGAAAAAGUAUGGCCUCGAUGUAGCGCUCAACGAGUACUACAAGCAGCACCCGAGCGAGGACCGCCGGUCGGCAAUGACGGACGGCGAUGAGUCGGAUCUCAGCGGGGGCUCGUCCUCGUCGGACGAGCGCGAUGCUAGCAGUGAUACGACAGCAUCGGCCGAAAGUCCCACGAGCGGCAGCAGCAGUGGCGGCGCGGUGGUGGGCAGCGGUAACCUCAUCGCUGUGUGCAGCGUGUCCGCCACGGUGACGAGUAGCACCACCGGCAGCGUUGUCGACGUGCUGGGACGAUCCGCCGCCGAAGGAGCAGCGUCGUCUGCUGCCAUGGUCGGCAUGCAACCAACGGACGGGGGAGCUGGUAACAUCGCCAAGGUGGAAGACGGUCGCAUAGUGCUGGGCGUCGGACCGGCGAGCGUCGGAAGCAGCAACCGUGGGAGCAGUGGGAGCGGCAGCGAGACGGCUAUCUCCCUGGCGGCCCCUCCGGCCAAGGCGACCAAUGCAGUGUCCGUUUCGUCGACGAGUGCUGCGUUCGAGGACGAUCGUUUGUUGCCCCCCGGGCAACCGCAACCGCGCAAACCGCUGCGGCACACGGAGGAGUACGAUAGUUCGGCCACGGAAACGGCCGACGAAGAGAACGAAUCUUCGCCGGCGAAUCGACACAGUCCCAAGGUUGCGCUACAUCAUCCGCUGCCGCACCCGCACUAUCCGCCACCGUUGCACCAUAAUUCCAGUCUUUCCUUGCUGCACAACUCCACGCAGCAGCCGCCUCCGCACCAGCACCAGCACCCGCCGCCACAACAGCAACCAAAUGGUCCGCCGCGGUCGAUGGUCACCGGCAGUGAUAUCAGUUCGCCUCAAAACGUUCGCGACGUGAUGUUGAACGUUAUUGAGCGAUCGCUCAAGAACAACUCGUUGGCCACGGGAGGAAAACCACCGCCGCCAGGUUUGCGAGAUCUUCAGUUUGGCGGUUCCACCGGGGCCGGUGGUUCAACGUCAUCGUCUCCGGCGGCCGGCGCGGCGUCAGGCGUGCGCGACUAUCGUGACAGUCCCAAGGGGCACGCUGGCGGUGCUCCGACCGUACCGGGAGUAAAUGCACCCCCGGUAUCGGCUGGUCCAGGGGCUCCCGCAGUCCAGCAGCUGUCGACGCCCGUGUCGUCCAUGGGCGUCACGGUUGUCAAUUCGCAUGGGCAGAUAAUUUCUCAGCCCGGCGUACAACAAACGCAACACACGCCGAUUCCGCCACCGCUCGUGUCCCAUCCAUCGGUCCAUGGCUCGCUGAAUCAUCCGCUGGGUGGUCAGAUUCCGGCCACGAUUACUCCGAUUUCGCAUCCGAUCCAUCAGUCGGUGCAAUCGGCUGCCCUCAACGCCGGGCUACGAUCGAACGAUGAACCUCAGACGCUGGAUUUGAGUAUCAAGAAAACGCCACGAUCGGUAGCCUCGGAUAUCGGCACCGGUGGUGGUGGUGGUACGGGCUCAAUAAGCGCCAAAGCCCAGGAGGUCAGCUUUCCACCGCCACCGGCACACAGCCAUAACAGUAACAAUCACCAUGGCUCGAGUUCUGGCGCCGGUGGUGGUACGAGCAACAGCAACAGCCUUAUCAACAGUGUUGGUGGUGGUGGUGGUAGCCUUGGCGGCAACAAGUUCCUCUUGGGUCUGUCAGGGCCACACAACACGUUCGGUGCGGGCGGUGCCGUGACCGUUUAUCGCACCGACAAUGCAUUUCCGGGGCCCAACAUUCCAGCGACGGCACCAUCGGUCGGAUCGGCGGCUUACGUGAGCUACCUGCCGGUAGUGGGCGGUGCCUCGGACGUAAUGGGCCGUCCGUUGACGAAGUCGCCCUCGGGUACGACGUACCUUACGAUCCCGCUGGGGCCUUCGUCGAGUGGCGGUGUGGUUCCGCUGCAAGUGGCAGGCAGACAAACGUCGAUCACGUCGCACACUCCACCGCCGUCUUCGCUGCCACCGCCCGGUAGCGGGGGACUGAAGGGCAAAAGCACGCCCAAGCUGAGCCCCAAAAUGUCAUCCGGUGGCGCUGGCGGUGGAAGCGCCAGUGGCGCCAGCUUGGGCCCUAAGGGUGGUUCGAUUACCCACGGCACGCCCGUAAGCCAGCAGUCGCAGCAACAACCGCAAAUCAUCCUCCAGGGGCAGCCGGCGGGCGCGACCACGCUAAGUCCACGGUACGAAAAUCAUCUUCUCCGGCAAACACCACCGUCCUCCGUGGGCGGCGGUGGACGGCCGGGUGCAUCGUCGUCGCCGAUCAUUGCGAACGAGAAGUUCAUCGGUUCGAUCACCCACGGAACGCCGGUACACGGUGGCGGCGGAAGCGGCUUGCUUCCGGACAAGCGCAACUCAAACCAAGGGCCCGGCUCCGCGUACGACUACAAGAUGGUAAAUCGUCAAAGUCCCGCCCAAAUUGUGCCGGGUGUCGGUGGGGUUCAUGUGUUGGCCUCGCAGUUUCCGCCCUACGGUGCACGAAGUGCUAGUACCGGUCCGGCUGGCAAUGGUGGCCCCGGUGGCCCCGGUGGCCCCGGUGGGCCCGGUGGGCCCAAUGUGCCUGCAUACGCUCCACUUGACAACACUUCGCAGCAGUUAAGCUCACGGCAGAUCAUCUUGAACGAUUACAUUACCUCCCAGCAGAUGCAAGGCCGCAGUGGCGUGGCAAACAGUGGCGGUGCGGGUCCCAUUGGGCCAUCGGGAGUACCGAUGGUGGUUGCACCAAGCAGUGGCUCACGGUCAGGAAAGGAAUCACCCUCGUCACGCGGUGGCACCGGUCCCUCGUUGCCUCCCGGCUCCAUAUACGGGCUCGUCGGUAGCAGCGUGGGACCGCCGGGUGUCGUUACCAGACAGGGGCCCAAUGACUACCUCAGCCGCGCUUCGCCCGCCGCAGACCAUGUCAACCGAAUCUCACCGGUGUACGGACAGAAUACAUCGAGUCCCCAUCGAACGCCUCCUCCACCGCAACGGCAGGGUGUCAUCCAACGGCACAACACUGGCAGCAGUAACAGCAACAGCAGCAGUAGCAACAGCAGUGUUGGAAACUCUGGCGGAGGACCGGGCAGUGGCAUCAGCAGCGGAAACGCUAGUUCCUGCAAACCGCCAAGCCCCGCACCGGCCAGAUAUCUCCUGCAGCCUCCGCCACCACCCGUUUCCCAACACUAUCUGCAGGAUGGCUUCACUUCCUUCGUAGAUUUGGCCGUACAGCAGCCUCCGAUGACGGUUCCGCACAAGGAUGAUAACAAACGUACGAUCAUCGAACAGCACGCCCCGCUGACGGUCGGCCCGAUCGGUUCCCAUCACCACGACAUCCGCUACCACCAUCCAAGCAUGAUUCAGCUGCACCAUCAACAGCACCAGCAAGCGGCCGCAGCUGCCGCGGCCGCAGCCCAGCAUCAUCAGCAUCUGCGCCAGCAGCAGCAGCAACAGCAGCAGCAGAUUGAUCUGCAACGUCGGCAUCAGCAGCAACACUCACCUUUGCAUCCAUCGCUUCAGCAGCUGGGGUACGCACGCGAAUCGCACCUAGACCAUCGGGACCGGCGUGAGGAGAUGCAUUUCCGGGAGCGAGCCGAACUGGAGCGCACGAUUUUGGUUGAGCGGGCCGAGCGCGAAAGGGAACGGGAGCGGGAACGCGAUCGGGAACGGGAGCGUGAGCGGGAGCGCGAGAAUGAAAGGGCGCGUGAACGGGAGCGUGAGCGGGAGCGCGAACGAGACCAGCGCGAACGGCGUGACCAUAUCGAAAGGGAGCGCGAGCGCGAGAGGGAACGGGAGCGUGACCGCGAUCGUGAGCGGCUGGAACGACACCAGGAAGCGGACGAUCGCCGUCGGAAGCAGCAGCACUACGAAGGAUUUGUGCCAGACCGUCGGGAAAGAUCAAUCGAUCUUGUCGGUGUUCGGAACACUUCUGAUGGGUCGCUAACAGCAGCGAACUUGAUUGACGCAAUCAUAACCCAUCAAAUUAGUCAAACGGCUGUCGAUCCUCCUUUACCGUCGAGUCGGGACCCGCAUCGUUCGGCUUAUUUUCCUUCGCGCGAUCACCGGUCAUCGGCUGUGCAAGCUAUGAGUGAGAACAACGGUAGCAAAUCUCACUCGCCCAACGUGAUCAACAUUGAUCUGGACCCGGAAUCGGCGAUGCACCACCAUCACCGGCGUGACGCUGGGGCUGUGGUUAGUGGGAACAACGUGGGUGGCCUGAAAAAUAUUACGAUUGGCGAACUGGCCGAGUCGAUCAUUACCAAUGAUUACACGACGAGCCCGAACCCGUUUUUGGCGCUACGCCCACCGACCAUUCCUUACGGUGCCGCCGGUACUUCGGGAGCCGAGUCCAUACUUGUGGCUGACCAGUGGAAGCAUCGUCGUCCUGCGGCGGUAACAACGCCUGGCAAGGAGGAAACUAUGCAAAAGCAGCACGAUGCGCAAAAAGGGCCCGGUCGGCAUACGCCGCAUGAUCGGCACAUCAUUCGCCUGGCCCAGUCGCCGGGACCACGGAAUAAAUUUCACGAGUCCGUGUCUCCGGACGCAUCCUCAUUCUACCACCCGGGACCAACGCUAGGCCGCGUUGGUGGAGCAAGCACCAACCCUGGUGCUGGUGGUACUGUGGGCGUGCGAGAUAACUUUGCGCUUGAUUUUUACGUAAAAAACCGUAUCGUCGAAGCCAUGCGCACGGAAGAUGGAGGCCAGCGCGUUUCCGAUCCCUCGAUGGUCGUGCUGGUGGAUGGAGCUGGUGGCCGUAACGAACGGCAACAGUCACCGAGAAGCUUUCAUAACCACUCUCCCCAUCGCCAAUCACCGGCGCACCAUCAAGUAAAAGAGUUGACCGUGGAUCGCAGCGGAACACCGGUGACAGGCGGCGGCGGUGGCGGCGACGGGCAGCCAGCGUCACGCGAUGAACAGUCUUCUCCGCACGUUACGUCGUUAUCGGUGCCAGCUUCUUCGGUUGCAGCUGCAACGACAGCGAGUGUGGCCACGUCACUGGUCAGCUCGAUCGUGCACAAUGCGUACCAUCAGCAAUCGAUCACAACGUUCACUACACCGCCAACGUAUGCCUAUCCGUUCAGUGCUCUCACCGUGGCCGGCGGAGCGCCCACUUUGCCGGUACCGCUAGUAGGGCCAACAUCGGGUCACGCCACCAUGUCGCUGUCGUCGUCCACGUCAUCGAAGUCCGGUUCGAUUGGCGGCGGUAGUGGCAUCAACAGCAACAGUGGCAACACACCCGUUGGACUUAAGACCGGCAACAGUAUGUCGUUAAGUAUUAGCGGGGCUGCCGGUAGCAACGCCAGCGUGAACAAUGCUGGAAGCAUGGGAAGUAGCGGUAGUGUUUUGGUUGACGAUCGACACCAUCCGACAGUUCUCGAACCAAAGCCUCUCCUGUCAGCUCAAUACGAAGCACUCAGCGACGAAGACUAAGACACAGAAGCAUUUUGGAGCUGUCGCGAAAACUGUCACGAAUGUAACGCAGCUGGACCUAGUGUCUUCUGUCUAAAUAAAUGUGCCGCCCCUUUCUCU